CUCAUCAGGCCAUCAGAAGACCAUAGGUAAGGAAAGGGACCCUCAAAGGACAUCUAGAUGAUCUCAUAAAACCAUCUGUAAGGAAAGGGACUUUUCAGACCAUCUGGAUGGUUUCAUAAGACCAUCAGUAAGGAAAGGGACUCUCAAAGGCCAUCGAGAUGAUCUCAUCAGGCCAUCAGAAGACCAUAGGUAAGGAAAGGGACCCUCAAAGACCAUCUUGAUGGUUUCAUAAGACCAUUGGUAAGGAAAGGGACUCUCAAAGGCCAUCUAGAUAAUCUCAUCAGGCCAUCAGAAGAUCAUAAAUAAGGAAAGGGACCCUCAAAGGCCAUCUAGAUGGUUCAUAAAACCAUCACUCACAAACAGGUAAACUGUGACCUCCACCGAUGAUGGGCCCGGACCAAACUUGGCACCCAGAACCCCCAUGACUAACUCAACCUACUGGAGAGGUUCAAGGAGACUGACUCACCAUAGUGGGAGUUGUAGUUUACCCUGCAGCCGGAGAGCACACUAAACCCCACCAAUGAUGCAUCCAGAGCAAACUUGCUCAACAUCACAACAGAGCUAUGGAUUCCACCUAAACGUUAGACACUUGGGGUACGAACUGUGGGAGAUGUGUGAUAGAGUCUCAUACUGUAAGAGGUUGGAUGGCCAUCUGUCGGGAAGGUUUGGAUGUUGUCUUUCUGUGUGACCGAACACAGAACCAAGUCACUGUUGUGGUUCAGUCUGAUGAUGAAGGGGGAUUUGAGUUUAUGCAGGUUGACCAAGGAAAUGUUGAAGGCUCUGGAUUGUCAGAGAGGUCGCAGGCUAGCAGGGAAGCUGAAGUUAGUGAUAAGGGUGACCUUUCACAAGAUAUUGAACAUCAACAAAGUCCAGGUGGCUCUGGCAGCGAGUCAGAGGAGUCUUCCUUAGAUAGAGACGCAAGGUUAAGGUUAAGGGUUCGUCCCAAGUAUUCUGUGAGAAUUGCUAGUAAAUGUGUGGAAACCCAAGUUCAGAGGAAUGCUUUCUUAGCUUGUAAGCAUGGUUAAAUAGGGAGAAACUGAAAGAUUUCAGACGAAGCAAAGUUGAUUUUUGGGAAGCUUAAUUCCUGCCUUGUCUCUGCUCAUGGAAACAGAUUCUUGUUUUGUUCAUGCCUAGAUUCUGUGUUUGGAUUGUAUUUUGGAGUUCACGCUGCCUUGUCUUUCAGGAUUGAUUUGCUAUAUUAGAGACUUUGAACUAUUUUCUACAGAGACUUUGAACUAUAUUCUGCAGAUUGCCUUUGCAAUUGGAUUACUGCUUCCUUUACUGCUUUUUUAUUAAGACUUUGCUCUUUUAUCAAUAAACAGUAAAAAAACAAGUCUGUUGUGGUGGAGUGUGUGUUAAGAACGUGGUGAACCAGCGCUGAGGUGCAACAGUCACCUUCUACUGGGUUCACAGUUACCCAAAUGUGACUGAUUCUCAAGGCGUUGAAGCUGAUGGGGAUGCUGAGGUUGUUUUGCUAAAGGGCUACGGGAACUGUGUUUGGGUGGGUCCAUCCUGCCCAAAUUGUGGUUUUGUAUUUUGCUUCAGUUUGGGGUGUGGCGCAAUAUCCCCUUCCUCUUGUUUUGCUUUUCUCGUUUUCAUUUCUGCAAGGUAGGGCCACAAAAGUGCGCCGCAGGCAAACAACGUCGCAUUUGCUGCCCGUCGAGGCAGGUGCGACACCGUUUCGUCCUUUCCUAUGCUGCAGAGAUUCGAGGAAGAACCUGGACUGUGUAAAACAUACAGGUCAACUCUGUUGAAAUGCCAGAUGGGUCGCCCCUUGUGGACUGUUCCUUCAGGAUAUUUGUCACAUUCACAAAGGACUCUAGUGCUUCUGGGGUGCACCUUUUUUCCUUACAACUUCUGACGAUGAUGGUGGCCAUCCAACACUUGUUCUCUCAUCUCCUGAUGGUGAAUAUCCGACGCUCAAAGUGCCAAGAGACCAUCUGUUUGGAUGGUUUUCUGUAAACACAUUGUCGUCCCAUUCUUCCGAUUCUUCUAACCAUAUCCAUCCCUUUUCUUCUAUACUUAAUCUUUCUGUUCCUUCGGUACAUGAUCCUCAAACCAUUCCCACGCUGAUCCUUGUUUCCUCUACACUGAUCCUUCUGGACUUAUCCUUUUCGCUCCCUCCGUCUUUACUUAUUGGUACCCUUUGAUGCUUCAUCUGGAGACGUGUUUUUCUGAAAGAUGGAUGACCAAGAACUCGCACUGUCCUUCUCCUCUCCUUCCACGUUGAUCCCGACUUCCAUCCCGAGGCCCCACGUCGCCUCUGUCCAUGGCCCCGACCGUUGCUACCCCACAAGCAACGUCAUUUUGUACCAUUACAACCACACAGGGAGGAUGAACAACCGGCAGCCCCAGGAGGACAAAAUGAAUGCUCUCAAGAUGGUCAUCAUCGCCUCCAGCUGCCUCAUCAUCCUGGAGAACCUCCUCGUGCUGCUGGCCAUCGUCCGGAAAAUGCGAGCCCGUCGGUGGGUUUAUUCUUGUCUGGCGAGUAUCACCUUCAGCGACCUACUGACUGGGAUCGCCUAUUUGGUGAACCUUUGUUUGUCUGGGAGCCGGACUUUCCAGCUGACGCCCACUUUGUGGUUCCUUCGCGAGGGGGUCCUCUUUGUGGCCCUGGCCGCCUCCACCUUCAGCCUGUUGGUGACCGCUGUGGAGCGCUAUAGCGCCAUGGUGAGGCCCAUCGCCGAGAAUGCGGCCAGCAAAACCGUCCGCUUGCGGAGCCUCAUCAUCUUCUGCUGGACCUUGGCGGUCCUCAUCGGCUUGCUCCCCUUGCUGGGUUGGAAUUGCCUUUGCCACAUGAGCGGCUGCUCCACCUUGCUGCCCCUUUACGCCAAGAGCUACAUCCUCUUUGCGGUGAUCAUCUUCUGCGUGGUUUUGGUGGGUGUCGUAGGGCUCUACGCCUCAAUUUACUGCUGGGUCCAGAGGAGCACCACGCAGGUCGUCUCGAGCAACGGGCGCAAGCGGUCUCUGCGGUUGCUGAAGACAGUGGUGGUGAUCCUCCUCGCCUUCCUCGUGUGUUGGAUCCCUCUCUUCAUCCUCCUUUUGAUUGACUACGCCUGGGCCAACGAGACCUGGCAGCUCCACAAGGUCUUUGGCUGGAUCUUGACCUUGGCGGUCAUCAACUCCUUCAUCAACCCCGUCAUCUACUCUUUGGGAAGCAAGGAGGUGAGGAAAGCAGUCACGGACCUCCUCUGCUGUUGCUGCGUUCGGGCUGGAUGGCGCUCGUCGGUCACUACGGAUGUACCCACGAACUCCUCCACGGCCACAGAGAACUCGCUGAAGAUGCGGGAGAGUUUCCGGGGUCGCCUGCCUCACGUCAGGAGAGGCCGAGAACUUCUUUCCAGUAAUUCAAGCAUGAUGAGUGCCGUGGUGUCAGAUGAUGCUUGAACUAGAUCUAGGCCAGUGGUUCCCAAACUUAUUUGGCCUGCUGCCCCCUUUCCAGAAAAAAUAUUGGGGUUGUUGGCCAUGCCUCACAACCUCUGAGGAUGCCUGCCAUAGAUGUGGGCGAAACAUUCGGAGAGAAUACUUCUGGAACAUGGCCACCCAGCCCGAAAGACAUACAACAACCCUGUGAUCCCGGCCAUGAAAGCCUUCAACAACAGAAAAAAUAUUACUCAGCGCCCCCUGGAAAGGGGGCGUGGCUUAGAGGGGUGGGCGUGGCUCCUGCUCAAGAGGGCGGGGUGGAGCCUUUCCUAGUCCAAGAUGCAGGGCUGUGAGGGGGAGGUGGGCGGGGCUACAAAUGGGCGGCCAGGACUGGGAUGGACUGAGUUACGAGCUCUGAGACAGGGCUGAGCUUCUAUCCCUGUCCUGCGGUGCCUGCCAGGACACAGGGGGCGGGGCCUCUUACCAAGUGCCUGACAGGGCUGAGCCUCUAUACCCCGCUCCCAUGUUCUAACAAGCGCCUCAGGGGAGGUAUACAGAGGCUCAGCCCUGUCUCAGACUCUUGGAAGGAGGCCCCGCCCCAACCCCUAGCCCUGCCCUUUAGUCCUAAAAGGCCUCUCAGGAGAGGUAUAGAGGCUCAGCCCUGUCUCAGGCUCUUGGAAGGAGGCCCCGCCCCCUUCCCUAGCUCCGCCCUGUGUGUCCCAACAAGCGCCUCAGGAGAGGUAUAGAUUCUCAGCCCCGUCUCGGGCUCUUGGGAAGAAGCCACGCCCACUCCUCUAACUCCGCCCCCUGUGUCCUAACAGGCGCCUCAGGGGCUCAGCCCUGUCUCCGGCACUUGGGAAGAAGCCACACCCCUCCCCUGGCCCCACCCCCGUGUCCUAAUAGGUGCCAUCACCGCCCCCCUGGAUCACUGCAGCACCCACUAGGGGGUGGUAGCGCCCACUUUGGGAAUCACUGAUCUUCUCCACCCUUUUCAUGGCCUUUGGGCCAUGCCACUGAAGGGACAAAUGAAGGAUUGUUUGGGGUAUGAGGGGAACCAUAAAUAUGUUAUUGGGAUAAAGCUGUGGUUCUCAACCUGUGGGUCCCAGGUGUUUUGGCCUCCAACUCCCAGAAAUCCCGGCCAGUUUACCAUCAGAAAACACAUAUUAAUUCACAGUGCUCUCCGGAGGUAGGUGAACUACAUCUCCCCUAAAUCACUGUCAAUUCCUCCCAAAUCCCUCCAGUAUUUUCUGUUGGUCAUGGGGGUCCUGUGUGGGAAGUUUGGCCCAAUUCUAUUGCCGGUGCGGUUCAAGGGUCUCUUUGAUUGUAGGUGAACAAUAAAUCCCAGCAACUACAACUCCCAAAUGUCAAGAUUUAUUUUCCCCAAACUCCACCAAUAUUCAAAUUUAGGCAUAUUGAGUAUUCGUACCAAGUUUGGUCCAGAUCCAGAUGUUUGGAGUCCGCAGCGCUGUCUGGAUAUAGGUUGUGAUGGUUUGCAAAGAUACUAUAUGUGUGUUAACUGGAAAAUCAAAUGCAUGACGCCAAUUGGCUGAGUUUGCAAGGACCUGGGAAUUGGUUUUGUAACCGUUGCUAUCCUGCUGCUGGAGAACAGGUUUGAACAGGUUUCUCUCUCAGUGUGUGAGUCUAUUACUAGCUGGAAAGAAGAUGGUUCUGUACUCAGAGAGGCCUGACUAUUUCUGAGGCCUUGUUGCCUGCUGAUCUUCACUGAAGCAAAUUUAUGGACUAAGAAAAGACUGCUUAUGACUGCUGAUUUAUGUAAGCAAACAGAGGGACUAUUGUAAAUACCAUUGUUCACAACUUCUGAGGAUGCCUGCCGUAGAUGUGGGCGAAACGUCAGGGGAGAAUACUUCUGAAACAUGGCCAUACAGCCCGAAAACAUACAACCACCCUGUGAUUCCCUGCCAUGAAAGCCUUCAACAACAUUUAUCAUUGUUCUGUUGAUACCUUGGAUCUAAUAAAAGUUCCUGUGUUAUUUGUUCUGCAAA